AUCAUCCCCAUCUGCUCCUGCAAGGAUCCAUCCAGAUUCGUAUAUUGCAAGGUUGAACAAGUGACGGUGACGCUAGCGCUCACUAUGAGCUUCAUCAUUGCCGCCGCCACCACCGCUACAUGAUCUUGAGCUACAUGCUAUGGAAUGCAGCGAUGAGCACACUAGUACAACUACUAGUAGUACUAUUACGAGGAAGAGACCAAGGUUAGUGCUGUUUCCAUGUCCAUACCUGCAGGGACAUAUAAAUCCAAUGCUACAACUCGCAACCCUUCUCCACUCCAAAGGCUUCUCCAUCACAAUCAUUCACACUCGUUUCAACUCUCCAAACCCAUCCGACUACCCUCACUUCCAUUUCGCACCAAUCUCAUCAUCACCGGACUCGGAUAUAGAUCAGUUUCAUCUCCAACAUUCCACCUCUGAUAUCAUUGCCUUCAUCUCCGCGCUCAAUGUCAAAUUUCUCAAUCCGUUUCGGGAUUGCUUGACUCGUCUCCUCUCCGAUGGUGAUACUACUAUCGCUUGCGUCAUUACAGAUGCACUCAUGCAUUUCACUCAAGAUGUUGCCAACAAUCUUCAUAUCCCCAGGAUCGUUUUGAGGACUAGCAGCCCUACCUCUUUUGUUGUUUUCGCAGCAUAUCCGCUGCUUCUCCAAAAGGGCUACCUUCCAGUUCAAGAUUCUGAAUUGGAGAAACCGGUGCCGGAACUUUCACCCCUCAAAGUAAAAGACCUCCCCACAAUCAAAACGAAAGACCCGGAGCUGUUAUAUGAAUUGGUGAUUCAAAUGAUUGAGAAAACAAAAUCCUCUUCUGGCCUCAUUUUCAACUCAUUUGAAUCCCUGGAACAUCUAGCUUUGGACACUAUCCGUCGAGAUUUCACAGGAGUCUCCAUCUUCCCCAUUGGCCCAUUUCACAAAUGGUCUCCGGCAUCUUCUAGUAGCAUACUCGGAGAAGACCGGAGUUGCAUUUUCUGGCUAGACGAGCAAGCACCUAAGUCAGUUAUCUACGUAAGCUUCGGAAGCUUAGCUGAUAUGGAAGAGACUGAGCUGGUCGAGACGGCGUGGGGAUUAGUCAACAGUGGGCGUCCAUUUUUGUGGGUGGUACGACCUGGAUUGGUUCGCAGCGGCAGCACUGUCGAGCAUCUCUUACCGGAUGAGUUCCAGGAGAUGAUGAGAAGCACUGGAAACAGGGGAUGUCUAGUGAAAUGGGCACCUCAAGAACAAGUCUUAGCUCAUCCAGCUGUGGGAGGAUUUUGGACUCACAAUGGGUGGAAUUCGACAUUGGAGGGUGUCAGUGAAGGGGUGCCCAUGCUAUGCCGGCCAUGUUUUACAGACCAGCUGGUGAAUGCAAGAUAUGCAAGUGAUGUAUGGAAAGUUGGAUUUCAAUUUGACGAACGACGGCGUCCACUGGAGAGAGGGGAUGUAGAAAAAGCUGUCAAAAGACUAAUGAAGGAUGCUGAUGAUGAUCAUGAGGCAAUGAUGGCGAGGGUACGGGAUCUGAAACACAAGGCUGCUAAUUGCCUAAAGAAAGGAGGUUCAUCAUACGAGUCCAUUGAGAAAUUGAUCGAUCUUAUCAUGUCUUUCCAAAUAGAUCACAGCAGUUAAAUUUUACAGCAGCAGAUAAAAUUUGUUGCUGUGGGACUUGCAUUAAGUGUUGAAAGUUCAGAAAAUCUUAAAUGUAACUUACAAGCUUAUGAGAACUUGCAU